AUGGUGUUUGGAGAGGUAAUAGUGAGGGUAAUAUCAGGAUAUGCUCCGCAACAAAGUAGGAAGAAAGAAGAGAAGGAUAGGUUUUAUGAUGAUGUUUCUAACGAGAUUGGGCAAGCGGGGAUGGAUGAGUUUGUGGUGUUGCUGGGUGAUUUGAAUGGUCAUGUGGGGGCGGAUGCAGACGGAUAUGAAGGUGUACAUGGGGGAUGGGGGUAUUGUAUACGGAAUGAGGAAGGGCGUAGAGUGUUGGAGUUGGCGGAUGCACAUAGCAUGGUGGUGGGGAAUACCUGGUUAACAAGGGAACCAGCACGACUAAUUACAUAUAGGUCAGGGGAGUAUAGGACAAUGAUAGAUUAUAUAUUGAUAAGGGCAAAGCCUAGAAAGUAUGUAAGGAAUGUGAAGGCGAUACCUGGUAUGUUGCAGCAUAGUAUGGUUGUGAUGGAUGUGGCAUCAAAAGAAAUGGGGAGGAGGAAGAAGGAUAAGUUUGUGGCUAAGAGAAAGACAUGGAAGUUACAGGAUGCAGAGGUGAGGAAGGCAUUUGAAGUGAAAGUGGCUGAAAGUUGGGAGAGUGGUAAGGAUGGAGAUGUUUGGGAGAGAUAUAGGGACUGUGUGUUGACUACGGCAGAUAAAGUAUGUGGAUGGACGAAAGGAAAAUGUAGGCAUGAUGAGACGUGGUGA